UCAACAUUGCUGGCUUGCUCUCUUUGACGUGCGUGCGCGCGCGCACACACACACACGCACACACACACACACGCACACGCUCACACUCGCUGACGCGCAGGCAGUGCUGAGCAGAGCCGAGAGGAGCAGCUAGAGAGAGAGACCAUCUCGCAUGCGAGCAGAGAGUGAGUGAUAGCGAGGACAACAGCGUGUGGAAAAGGGGUGUGAGAGAGAGAGAGAGAGAGAGAGAGAGAGAGAGAGAGAGACAAAGAAGAAGGAAGACCGAAGAAGAGCAGAGAACAGGAAACGUGGUCCACCCUCGGAGACGCUAUCGCACUGGUCUGGGGAGAAGCGCAGCAGAGGAAUAAGGACAGGAGGGAGGAGAGAAAAAAAGAGGUGGAUCAGGAAGCGCUCGGGCAACUCUCUCGUCGGCGGCGGAGCACAGAGACGGCAUCAUGGGAAAUGCACCCUCGCAAGCAAAAACUGUGCCCGGGGCCUGCUUUCCAAAGCAAGACCCGGAGCGUGGCGGCAGUCACCUGAUGUCCACAGAUGACCUGGAGUACCCGCGGGAGUACCGCACACUGGGCAGCGGGGGGCGCCGUUUCUCCAACGUGGGCCUGGUGCACACGAGUGAGCACAGGCACACGGUGCUGGCCGCCCAGAGCCUGGAGGCCCUGAGCAACCUGCACAAGGCGGAGGCUGAGCGCAAGCGUGACGCCUUCAUGGACCACCUGAAGAGCAAGUACCCACCACAGCACUCGCUCCCUCCCUCACCAUCCCUCUCCCAUAGCAGCAUGAGGGGAGGCUCAGAGAGGAGCGCGCGCGAGCAGCAACAGCCAAAUUACUGGAGUUUUAAGAGCCGGAGUCCGCGUCACUCCCAGUCCACCCAGUCUGGGCUGGCGGACCAGGCGUCCAAGCUCUCCUUCGCCUCGGCCGAGUCUCUGGAGACCAUGUCAGAGGCGGACAUGCCGCUCGCCUUCAACCGCAUGAAUCGCUUCCGCCAGAGUCUGCCGUUGUCCCGCUCAGCCAGCCAGAGCAAGCUCCGCUCGCCAGGUGUGCUCUUCCUCCAGUUCGGAGACGAGACCCGGCGCGUCCACAUCACCCACGAGCUGAGCAGCUUGGAGACGCUGCACGCGCUCAUUGCGCACAUGUUCCCGCAGAAGCUCACAGCCAGCAUGCUCAAGUCCCCUAACACGGCCAUCCUGAUCAAGGAUGAGGCCCGCAACGUCUUCUACGAGCUGGAGGACGUGCGGGACAUCCAGGACCGCAGCGUCAUCAAGAUUUACCGCAAGGAGCCCGUCUACGGAAGCUACGGAGCGGCUGCGCACCUGGCCAAUGGAGACCUGCGGAGAGAGAUGGUGUACACCUCCCACGAGUCUUCACCCACCCGCCGUCUGAACACGCUGCCCUCCUGCACCUCCACCUCCGGCGGCUCACCUGCCCGCACCCGCCUGUCCUACGCCGGCGGCCGCCCACCCUCCUUCUCGGGCCAGGGCCACGCCCACCCGCAGGGCUCCCAGCACGGACACCACGGCCCGGGCUCCGCCCUCACGGGCUCGCCCUCUGCCAUCCUGGAGCGGCGCGACGUCAAGCCCGACGAGGAUGUAGCAGGAAAGGGUGUGGUCCUGCUGAAGGCGGAGGGCCUGUACGCCGACCCCUACGGCCUGGUGCACGAGGGCCGGCUCAGUGUGGCCUCCUCGGGCGACCCGUUCGGGUUUCCGGCGCCGGCCGGCCUGUACCGGCGAGGAUCGGUGCGUUCCCUCAGUACCUACUCGGCGGCGGCGCUGCAGGCCGACUUGGAGGAGCCGCUCUACAAACCCGGGGCGGGGAUGUACUCGGACGGCUACGGUCCAGCCUCCACGCUGGCCUUCCGCCUCCCGCCCUCGUCCCCGCAGAAGGUUCCGGACGUGCAGCUACGCGACAGGGACUCGUACUCCAACACACCCAGCAGGGGCUCGCCCGUCCGGCAGAGCUUCCGCAAGGACUCGGCCUCCUCGUCCGUGUUUGUCGAGAGCCCCAAGUCCCGGCCGGGCUCCAGCUCCGAGCCACUGGGAGGUGACAUGGGAAGGGGCGCACCCGGGUUUGGGUCGGCGCUGGUGGGCAGUGAGACGGACACGAGCAGGGAUCGUAUGGAGGCGAUGGAGAAGCAAAUAGCCAGUCUCACUGGCCUGGUCCAGAGUGUUCUCACUAGAGCUCCAGAUAGUGACAGCACAUGCGGUCUGCUGCGUCUCUGCAUGAUGGCUGGCUGCCCUCCGGACCAGGGGGCAGAGUUUUCACAGCCCUUCCCUCUCUCUUCCAGCGAGCAGACGGAAUCGGCCAGCGACGGCUCCGCCGCAGGACCUGGCCGGCUGAAGAGGAAAGCUCUGACCCCGUCAGCGCCGCUGGCCCUGAUGCCACCUCCACCCUCUGGGCCGCAGGACUCCACCUGCAGGCUGCUGAUACAGGUCCAACUACAGGAGCUCAAGCAGAACGCCACAGACCUGCGCAAACAGCUCAGCGAGCUCCGGAAGAUACAGCUGCAAAGCCAACAGUCGGUCCUCUCUCUGAUGAAGAGGACAGAGACGGAGUUGAGCUUGCGAGUGUCCGAUGCACUGAGGAAGCAGGAGGACCCGCUCCAGAGACAGCGCCUCCUAGUGGAGGAGGAGAGACUCAAAUACCUCAAUGAGGAGGAGCUUAUCAUACAGCAGCUACAUGACCUGGAGAAGUCUGUGGAGGAGAUCCAGAAGGAGAGUUCGCUCAAACACAGACAUGUCAGCGUGCAGGAGCUGGAGGAGAAGACCAGUGUCUUGCGUCGACUGGGAGAAACCCUCACCGAGCUGAAGAAUCAGUUCCCUGGGCUGCAGAGUAAGAUGCGGGUGGUGUUGCGGGUGGAGGUGGAGGCGGUGAAGUUUCUGAAGGAGGAGCCCCACAGGCUGGAUGCCCUGCUGAAGAGAUGCAAAACUAUCACUGACACACUAGCCACACUGAAGAGGCAAGUGAACGAGGGCAUCAGGAAGAGCCAGGAGGACUUCUCCAACCCCUCGCCCAAACACACGCCCGGAGAAGACUACAAGAAGAGCGCCGACUUCAAAAUACCCACCAGCCCACCACUCAGCCUCAGUGAGAGCACCCUGGCCAAUUGGAGCCCUCAUUCUGGCCAUGGACACAGUCACCAUGGCAACCCCACAUCAGGGCAGCAUGGGAUGGGGUCCCUGAAAGGGCGUAUCCUGGAGGAGCUCGGGGGCCGUGGAGGGUCCGAUAAGACCUCCUCUGUGGAGGUCAGGCUGGCAGCCGAGAGAGACUGGGAGGAGAAGCGUGCCAGUCUGACCCAGUACAGCGCUCAGGACAUUAACCGUCUGCUGGAGGAGACCCAGGCCGAGCUCAUGAAGGCCAUUCCGGACCUGGACUUCGCCGCCAAGCAGAUCAAACCGGUGCAGAACCAGAACGCUAGCGACCCGUCCUCUGGCCCCGGUGCCACACCCGAACCCAAGCCCAGCAAAGUCCAGCACGGCACACACAAGGUCUCCAGUAAGGAGGGAGGAUCUCGGAGGGGCUCGGACGAGCUCACGGUGGCACGGUACCGGACAGAGAAGCCCUCCAAGUCUCCCCCUCCUCCGCCUCCGAGGCGGAGCUUCCCCUCGUCCCCCGGCCUGACCUCACGCACCGGAGAGCUGAUCACACCGGGCAAAGGCAUGAAGAAAUCAGAAUCGGAAGAAGCAGAGGCCCAGAAGCCCCACGUGAAACUGAGGAGGAGUGUGUCAGAAGCACCCAGGCCUGCAUCCACCCCACCCACCGUGGCGGGUGGGAAGACAGAAGACGGAGAGGAUGAGAAGACUGUGGCAGAGAAUGAGACUGGCGGGGGGAAGGCAAUAUCUCGUCUGAAGCAGCUCCAGCAGAGCGGCUGUGAGAAGAGCAAACUGGGCAAACACAAAGACGACUUCCUCAAGAGCCAGGGUCAACAGCAGCAGCAGUGAGAAGAGGCACGCCCCGACUAGAUCCAACCCCACCCUGACCUGACCUGACCUGACCUGACCUGCCCCAGGCUUCUCCACUACCUCUCUCUCCUAUACUCCACAUUCUGAUUCCUCUUCCCCACUCCAUGGAGCCCCCCCCACUUAUGCUUACUCCUGCCACGCCCACCAAGGCUACAUGCCCCACCCACCAAUCCCACAAGGCCCACUAUCUCAUAAAAGCCAGGCCCCAUGAAAACUUGUCCAGGACCUGGAUAAAAGAACUUAUUCCCACUCCUCUCUCUCUGUCUCUCUGUCUCUCUCUCUCUCUCUCUCUCUCUCUCUCUCUCUCUCUCUCUCUCUCUCUCUCUCUCUCUCUCUCUCUCUCUCACCCUGCCUCGCCACUAUUCCUCGGGCCUCUCUUCUCCCCUCCUCCCACAGACUCUGAUUGAGCCUCCUCUCUGUAGCAUCAGGGCUGCCAGCUUCUCAGGCCAGCUGCCCUUCGGCCUCCGUAAGCGCCCCCAGGAGGGGGCGCCAUCCUUGUUCUGCCCUCCCUGGGUCAUCUGAGCCUCUGCUCCGCCGACAGAGGACCUGCCCAUUCCUGCCCUGGCCCCGAAGCGCUUGACUAAUUGCAGCCAAUGAUUGAGACGGACAGAAGUGAAGCCCCACCCCAUCUGCCCCAGCAGCCAAUACAGAGUAAGAAGGGAAAUGGCGGUGAAAGUACAGCUGCAAAACAAUCAGCCAAUCAGGACAUCGAACUGACUUUAAACGCGGAUAAGCAUAUACACAUACACACUCAAGUGUACACACACACACACACACACACACACAUUUCCUGCAUUACAGCUCCACUUUACACCCAUUUUGAACCUCCAGAGCCCAGCCACCCAGCUGGAUUGCCAAUCCCCCAGACAAAAAGCCCACCGAUGGGCUCGGACGCCUGCCCCUCACCCUCUGCCUGGAGCUCUGCAGUGCCACCAGGUUGGGGGACCAGCAUCCACGCCAGGCCAGGGGGCCGACACCAAGCCCACACAAGCCUCAUCUGCCAGGCCUCACAGUGUGGACAUGGAGGCCUGCCGUAGGCUCUCACUGAGCGUAAUAGUUAGACUGUACAAAACUGUGUAAACUCUCUGUGGAGUCACAACGACUGAAAAAGACAGUAGCGUUAUAGCGUUGUCAAUGUGUGUUCAGAUUUCUAUCAGUAAUAUCAAUGAUUCCAAUCACCUGAUAUGAAAAAAGAACAGCAAAAACAAAAGAUGUAAUCAACCUUUUCAGUUCUGGAACCAAUUCCUUGAGUAGUAAGAGCACAACUAAAGGAAGCUGCUUGAAACUGGUGCUAUUAUCCUAGUGACAUUUUAACGGACGUAAGAAACAGAUAUGAAAUGAACGUGGGACAUGGUUUCACUUCCUUAGUCCAGCACACAGGCCCCCAGACCCCACACACAGGCCUGAUGGCUUCUCCUGUGCCUAGUUUGUCCUGUUUCCAUACUUCUUGUCACAAGGUUGCCAUGGCAACAGAUGGACUGUGGGGAGGAGAACAGGUCUCCAGGCACAGUCCGAAUAGGCAGCAUGCCAGAUUUAUGUCUAGCCUGUAGGAGAGAGUCGCUCAUCCGAUAGCCCGAAUGUCUUCUGAGGCACGUGACUGCGUGAGCGCGUUCCUCGAAAGCACAAACCUGUAGGUCUGAAGGUACAUGCAACAGCCAAAAUAACCUUCUCAGCUCUGAGACCUUCUUUUAAAAGAGUGUAGUGAGAAUGAAUCUAACUUUGGGAACGCCUCGCUCAGAAGCCGCGGGUUUCCUAAACAUGCAGGAACGUCAAUGGGUGGUACAUCCACAAAGAUGGGGAGGGGUGGUGUUGUCAAUCAGUAUAUCAGCAGGCUCAGGGGCCAAUCAGACGCGUGCCUCCUGUACGAGCGGGUCCUUUUCUUCUGAGGACGGUCAAAUUGCUCGUGCUUCAAGAUUAACAUGUGUUACUUCCUCAGCGCGCGGUAACUGCCAUUCGCGUUUAAUGGUCGAAAGCAUCCAAACCUCGUGUUGACUGACGUGCGCUUUUGUUUGUGUGCUUUUGGGUUUUGAGGGCUUUCAACUGCUUUGAUGGCUUUGUAACUUUGUUUGGGCCCGCCUGUGAUCCUACAACGGUCUGCACUGGCGUUUGCGCUAUUGCUGUGUGUUUAAAAAAAUGUAAAAAUAGUGAAACGCGACACUGCUCCCUGCAUGGCGUGUCGCGGCCUCGGGCAUUUCUACUCUCGCUAAUGCCCUUCUGUUACUGCUCUUUCGUGGCCGUUACUUUGUCGUGUCGCACUGUUGUGUUUCUAAACACACAUGGAAAGUGCGCAGACAUGGAGACGAGCUAGUGUUGUUCGGGGGUCGUGUGAAGGUACGCGCACACCUGUGCUCAAGGGAGCAUAUACAAUUAGUCCGAUGCGCUUUGUGUAUGAAUUGAUCGUUUUGAGUUUUCAUACGUCAAAUUACUACUGACCUCAUCAAAGAAAAUUCUAACCCAAAAUCGUCAAAGCAUAUUCCAUUAAAACGCAGGCCGCAGGGUUGCCAGGUACAGAGCAUGGAGACCCAGAUUUGGCAAAAACAUUCAAGAAAUGUAAGCACUGACCCCACCCCAAGACCCAAACCCAUCCCUGGAGGAAAGUGAAGGUGUUGCUAGUCUUAAUCCUUAAAGAGUUGCAGAAAGGUUACAGAAGGAUCACCAAUGUCCAGCGAUCAACCUGGACGAGACUACAUAUAAACUUCAGGCAGAAGGAUCAGAGUCUAUGUAGACAGAGAUGUUUGUGCGUUCCGGCCACAAACUAAUCCGGAAUGUCUCAUAGCAGGGACUUUGUUUAUUUUGGGUACAAAAAUAAAAGUCCAUAUGAAAUGUAAUAUCCUGAAAACACAUUACAAUUACAGUAGAUUUUGGAACACGUGGACAAGGUAUUGCAGUAUAUUCCACUUUAAUAGAAUAUGGGAGUACAACCUCUGUGAUAUUUGUGUAUGAAGUUCAUAAGGGUUGAAAACAUUGUCACUAUAAACAAAAGGUUUUCUGUUGUCAUCUUUAUGUUUUAUAUUAUGAGAUUUAUUUGUACAGUUUUUUUUUCUUUUUUGUAAUUCUUAGGAAAUAUAUAUCAUAUUAGCUAAUUAUUUAUUCAUAAGAAAAACAUUUUAUAUAUUGAGUUGAAUAUAUAUUUACCUAAAUGUACAGAACAGAUCAUAUGUAAUAUAAAGUUGGUUUGAUUUUAGAUUGUGUGAUUAGCAGUUUUGUUAAUAAGGAGUUUAUAUUAGUUCUUAGAUUUGAAAUGUUGGGUGAAUCUGAGACUUUGAGGUCUGUGUCUAGCCGACUUGCCGACAGUUUGUCUGACCAGGUGAAUCUUCAAACUGUGAGACUGUUUCUGCCCAGAUCUGUAAUGUACUCCGAGGACAACCGGUCAUUUAUGCAUUUUCUGAGAAAUUGCGUGAAGGAGUCUUAAAUUGCAUGUGUGCAUCCCCUGGUGGCAGAGAGUGGUACUGCACCAUCCUCCCGGUUUCUUUUUUCAAACGUACUAUAUCUUUAAAAUGAACAGGUAUUUACAGAUGUGGGUUGACAAAUAAUUGCUUUAGUGUUACUCUUUCUUAAUAAGUCAUUUAAAGAUCAGCAAUGAGGGAAACAAAAGCUAUUAAGAGAGCAAACUGUAAUAAAGGGAGAUUUGGUGUUAAUAUUGAAUGUUUCUGCUGCAAGAUAAUUAUGUCUGGUGUUCAAGACAUAACUGGCACACAAGUAACAGGACUGGAAGCACAUCUUUAUGAGCUGACCUAUGUAACAACAGAUUAGUGGAAGUCAAGUUUCUGUAGAUUAUUUUAACUAAACCAUAUCCCUUUUAGAAAGCUUUUAUUUAACUGAAUGGAUGAUACGGGGUCAAGGCAUCAAACAAAUAUAGACAAAAAUAGUAGAAAUCAGUAAUAUGUAAAUAUAAAGCAUCAUUCUUAUAGUUACAGAAAAAUGUUGUCUGGAAAAAAAUGUUUUAUCAAAAAAAGAUGGCGUUCUAAGGUAUAUAUAUUAAAAAAAUAGCAAUGCAUGUAUAUUCUAUAUGCAGUCGCACGGUGCCAUUGUUAAAAAAAAGUUGUCUACAUGUUUUAUCAAAAAAUGUUUUAAAAAAAACCCCUAGAGAGACUAGAGAAGGGCACAGACCUAAAAGGUUUACAACUUUAGAGUAAAGAGUAGGAAAAAUCUGAUGUUUAUUCAUCAGAUGUGUUUGUGGCACAGGCAUGUCCAGUUCUUCUGUAAUCUGUGGUGAUGUGGUUUCCAGAGUUGAUUGAGAGGUGCUGAGUGUCUAUUGCAGAGUGAUUCCACCCAUUGAACUCACCCCUGCCGCUGACCCACCAAUCGCGGUUCGACGCCUACUGACCCACCAAUCGCGGUUCGACCCCUACUGACCCACCAAUCGUGGUGCGAUCCCUACUGCCCAUAGCGUGCCCCUCCCAUCUCUAGAGUAGUGUCAUAUACGAAAAUAUAGAUCUCUAUAUAAAUAAGAUAUACAUGUACAAAUAUAGAUGCCUAUACUGAAGAAAAAACAAACUAGUUUAUCAGUGUGGAUGCCAAUGAAACUUUUGUGAGAACUGUAACCCCUCCCCCCAGCCCCUGUAAGAGGAUUCAGAGAGCUGAACUCUUUUGUAUAUAUUUGCUGUGAUUGUGUGUCUAAUAAACUCCAGCUCUCUUCUA